UCCAUCUCCAGCUCCUCUCUCAGAGCCCACAGCACCAUGAAGGUCCUGGCAGCCAUCCUGGCCACUCUGCUGCUCCUGGCCACCUGCUCCCCAGCUGAAGGUCACCUUGAUGGUGUCCCCACCAAGUGCUGCUUCACCUACCAGACGAAGCCCAUCCCUCAGCGCCUCGUCAGCUCCGUGUUCGACACCAGCAGCUCCUGCAGCCAGCCGGGAGUGAUUGUGGUCACCCUGAGGAAGAAGGAGCUGUGUGCAGAUCCAAAGGAAAACUGGGUGCAGAAGCUCCAGAAGCACUUCCAGAACGCAGAAAACUGAGCCUUCCCUGCUGACAGCCGCAACCCCACCCCUGCACAGCCUCCAGACUCGGGCACAACAGAGAGGAUUUGACCCCCAGCCUUCU